UGCGGCCUUGCCAUAUCAAUCCAACAUGGCGCUUGCAGAUGUUUGUGGAUACCGUCCGAUAAAAUCUUCGGCUUUUCUCAAUGAUAGCCCUGGGUACGGACCAUCUUCUAUGGUGGAAGAUGCCCUAUUCACAUCCCAGAAUUUUAUGGUACCAUGUGCUGCCAAUCCAACAGACACUGUAAAGCAAAUGGCUGAUGGUGAAAGUGACGUCAAGAUUCACUUUAAUCAUGGAACAACCACCCUGGCUUUCAAAUUCAACCAAGGUGUCAUUGUGGCUGUUGACUCUAGGGCAACUGCAGGACCUUUCAUAGCCUCACAGACAGUUAAGAAGGUGAUUGAGAUCAACCCCUACCUGCUGGGCACCAUGGCGGGAGGUGCCGCUGACUGCUCCUACUGGGAGAGGGUCCUGGCCAGACAAUGCAGAAUCUACGAGCUGCGGAACAAGGAGCGUAUCUCUGUUGCAGCCGCCUCCAAGCUCCUGGCCAACAUUGUGUACAACUACAAGGGAAUGGGCUUGUCCAUGGGAACCAUGAUUGUGGGCUGGGACAAGAGGGGGCCUGGUCUGUACUACGUGGACAGUGACGGAGAACGGCUGACCGGGGACAUGUUCUCCGUGGGGUCUGGGUCAGUGUAUGCAUAUGGUGUGCUGGACAGUGGUCACAGCAACGACAUGUCAGUGGAGGCGGCCUAUGACCUGGGGAUGAGGUCCAUCUACCACGCUACACACAGGGAUGCCUACAGUGGUGGUGUGGUCAAUCUGUACCACAUGAAGGAGACAGGCUGGAUCAAGGUAUCUCAGACAGAUGUCAAGGAACUGCACUUCAAAUAUCAAGCAGAGAAGAAAUAGGCCCAUUAGGACACAUUGACUUUUCAUCAUGUAGGGGAGACAACUCUCCUUGUCACGUUACCGAGGGAACAACAUUUCCCCUCUCUGUAGGAAGGAUUCACCAACUUCUCAUUCAUGUACUGUUAUUGUCUAUAUAAACUGAGUCAUUUGUGAAA